UCAUCUGAUCUCAAUCUUGCAUUUAGCAGUAAUGACGACAACAAGUGCCAUUUGGUUUCUAAUAUUUUUGACGGUUGGCUUUCAUCAUGUCCGAUACAACGCUAUUACCUUGGAGCAGCCUUAUAGGACGGCAUUUCACUUUCAGCCUCCCCAAAACUGGAUGAACGAUCCUAACGGACUUAUGUACUACAAUGGAGUUUACCAUCUUUUUUACCAACACAACCCGUUUGGUCCGCUAUUCGCUGUUCAAAUGUAUUGGGGUCAUUCAGUAUCACAUGACUUGAUAAACUGGACCCCACUCGAACAUGCAUUUGCCCCAACCCAACCCUUCGACAUUAAUGGUUGCAUCUCUGGCUCCACAACAAUCCUCCCCGGAAACAAACCUGUUAUAUUAUACACUGGAAUCGAUUCUCAAAAUCGCCAAGUUCAAAAUGUAGCCGUUCCAAAAGACCCUUCCGAUCCAUAUCUUCGAGAAUGGGUUAGGUACACUGGCAAUCCCGUCAUAAACGUACCCGAAGGGAUUCAACCUGAUGAAUUUCGAGAUCCCACCACCGCGUGGCUUGCUGACGAUGGAAAAUGGCGGGUGACCAUUGGAGGUCAGAAGGAUAAGGCAGGAAUCGCGAUUCUUUUCCGGUCUGAGGACUUUGUAAAUUGGACUAGACACGAAGAACCACUUUAUGAGGUUACAGGCAGUGGUAUGUGGGAAUGCCUUGACUUUUUUCCGGUGCAUGUUGAUGGCACCAAUGGAGUCGAUACAUCUGUAACGAACCCCGCUGUAAAACAUGUGUUGAAGAUGGGAGUCUAUGAUUAUGCAAGAGACUACUACUUAAUUGGGGAUUACAAUCCUGUGAAAGAAAAAUAUGUUUCGCAAGAUGAAUUAACACUUGACUCGUUGAGAUAUGAUUACGGAAAGUAUUAUGCUUCAAAGUCAUUCUAUGACCCUGUGAGAAGGAGAAGGAUCUUGAUGGCUUGGGUAAAUGAAUCUGAUUCCGACGCUGAUGCUAUUGCUAAAGGAUGGUCUGGACUUCAGUCGUUUCCAAGGAGUGUUUGGCUCGAUCAAAACCAGAAGCAGCUCGUACAAUGGCCUAUCGAGGAAAUUGAAAUGUUACAUGAAAACGAAGUCAGUCUCCGAAAUGAGAAUCUUGAAGAUGGAUCACUACAUGAAAUUCUAGGCAUAACUCCUUUGCAAGUGGAUGUGCAGAUAUCAUUCAAACUAACUAAUUUAGAAGAGGCCGAAAUACUAGACCCGAGUAGGCUUGAUCCACAACUUAUUUGCAGCGAAAUGGAUGCAUCAAAGAAAGGCAUAUUUGGCCCAUUUGGACUCUUAGCUUUUGCUUCCCAUGACUUGACUGAACAAACUGCAAUCUUUUUUCGUGUUUUCCAACAUAAUGGACGCUACAUUGUGCUAAUGUGCAGUGAUCAAAGUCGGUCUUCUACAAGGAAAGGGCUUGAUAAAACUACAUAUGGAGCAUUUGUCGACAUCGAUCCUCAACGAGAUGAAAUUUCACUUCGAGCAUUGAUAGAUCACUCUAUCGUCGAGAGCUUUGGAGGAGGAGGAAAGACGUGCAUCAUAGCUAGGGUUUACCCAACAUUAGCCACUAGAGACGAAGCCCAUUUGUUUGCAUUUAACAAUGGAACAAAAAGUGUGUUGAUCACUGAGUUGAGUGCUUGGAGCGUAAAGAAAGCUCGAAUUAACAUCGAUGAAACUAUUGGGUGUGCAGAUGCAUAACCUGAAGAAGAUGGUUGGUUCAUCUCAUUUAGGGAAUUAUGCUAUUAUAUUGGAAGUAGUUAAUUAGCCUACUUAAUUACAUAAUCUGAAUACUUAAUCAUGAUUAUGAACAUUACAUUAUUAACUAAAAUAAGCUUCUAUGUUUAUGUUCAAAUUUGUA